UCACCCCUCCAGUGCCGACGGUAGAGAAAGACCUUACUCCAGGGGCUUCCUCCUCACUGGGGAAUUGCCGGGAAGAGCAAACAAAAAAGGCGCUGGUGUAGGCUCCAAAAUAAACAUCUGAAUUCAUGAUGGCAUCGACAGAGGCUCUUAUUGGAUUAAAAGUUUCAAAACAAACAAAAACGCUUUGGAAAAAGGGUUGAAUGCCUGCCUACACCCUCAGGCACGACCAUGGAGAAGAGUGGGAACAUACAACUGGAGAUCCCUGACUUCAGCAACUCUGUCCUGAGCCAUCUAAACCAGCUGCGCAUGCAGGGCCGUCUCUGUGACAUCGUGGUCAACGUGCAAGGACAAGCUUUUCGGGCUCACAAAGUGGUACUGGCUGCCAGCUCCCCCUAUUUCCGAGAUCACAUGUCCUUGAAUGAGAUGAGUACUGUCUCCAUUUCAGUCAUAAAGAACCCUACUGUUUUUGAACAGCUCCUUUCUUUCUGUUAUACGGGGCGGAUAUGCCUGCAACUGGCAGAUAUCAUCAGCUACCUGACAGCUGCCAGUUUUCUGCAGAUGCAGCAUAUUAUAGACAAAUGUACACAGAUCCUGGAGGGCAUUCAUUUCAAAAUCAAUGUGGCUGAGGUUGAAGCUGAAUUAAGUCAAACAAGGACAAAGCACCCAGAGGGACCUCCAGAGUCUCACAGAGUUACACCAAAUCUGAACCGCUCCCUUAGCCCCCGACAUAAUACCCUAAAGGGAAACCGGCGAGGUCAGGUUAGUGCUGUGCUGGAUAUCAGGGAGCUCAGUCCUCCUGAGGAGUCCACCAGCCCUCAGAUAAUUGAACAGAGUUCUGAUGUAGAGAGCCGGGAGCCCAUUCUUCGGAUCAACCGAGCAGGACAGUGGUACGUGGAGACAGGAGUAGCAGACCGAGGGGCCCGGAGUGAUGAUGAAGUUAGAGUUCUUGGAGCAGUACACAUCAAAACUGAAAAUCUAGAAGAGUGGCUUGGGCCUGAGAAUCAGCCUUCCGGAGAAGAUGGGAGUAGUGCAGAGGAAGUCACAGCCAUGGUGAUUGACACCACAGGCCAUGGUUCUGUAGGACAGGAAAAUUACAUGUUAGGAUCUUCAGGAGCCAAGGUGGCUAGGCCAACAAGCAGUGAAAUUGACAGAUUUAGCCCCUCCGGCAGUGUUGUUCCCUUGACGGAGAGACACAGAGCCAGAAGUGAGUCUCCUGGGAGAAUGGAUGAGCCUAAGCAACCCAGCUCCCAGGUAGAAGAGUCAGCAAUGAUGGGAGUAAGUGGCUAUGUGGAGUAUCUCCGAGAGCAGGAAGUAUCUGAGCGGUGGUUCCGGUAUAACCCCCGUCUCACCUGUAUCUACUGUGCCAAAUCUUUCAACCAGAAGGGGAGCCUGGACCGCCACAUGCGCCUGCACAUGGGGAUUACACCAUUCGUCUGCCGCAUGUGUGGCAAGAAAUAUACCCGGAAAGAUCAGCUGGAGUAUCACAUCCGCAAGCACACAGGCAACAAGCCCUUUCACUGUCAUGUUUGUGGCAAAAGUUUCCCCUUCCAGGCCAUCUUGAAUCAGCACUUUCGCAAAAACCACCCUGGCUGUAUACCCCUGGAGGGGCCUCAUAGCAUCUCCCCUGAAACAACUGUCACAUCUCGGGGACAAGCCGAGGAAGAGUCACCUUCACAAGAAGAGACAGUUGCUUCUGGGGAAACUGCCCAGGGCUCUGUGUCCACUACUGGGCCAGAUUGAAACAGCGAGGAGGUGGGGCAGACUCUCUUCCCCUUUGGGCCGUAAGUAACCAGCAUCACGGCCAUGGGCUGGUACUUAGAUUCACAAAAUGCCACAACACCAGAUCAGAAGAUGUUAGCAAGAUGUUGUAUCAGCAACAUACACAAAAGCACUAGAAGCUCUUCCCCUCUUUCUUCCCACCUCACACUUUGGAAAAUAAUCAAGCAAAUCAACUUUCUAAUUCAGGGAUCAACAGCCUUGGUUUGUUAACUUUAUAAAAAAAAAAAUUUUUUUUAACAAAACAAUGAUAAGUGAUCAUUUAUCUACCAGUCAUGUUUGAACACUGUACUUUGGUCCAUAUCACCCUGGUGGCUGUAAUUGCCCAGAUCUGAAAAAUGAAGCAGGAGCCUUGGUCAUCUGAACCAGCCAGCCACAAGAGAGAAGGAAGUAAUCAUGAUGGUGAUGAUGAGGGGGAAUUUCUCUUCUUCCUUCCCUGCCAGAACAUGCAGUUUCUUAUCUCAAGAAGGGGGAAAAAAAAAAAAAAGAAUCCCAGUGGUUCUUUUUGUUUUGAAAGGUUAGAUUAAUCUUUGCCCUGACAAGGCGUCUGAUACUUUGCCUGAUUGUUUCAUGUAUGCAGCCAUCUUGGAGCAGUAUUCUAAUGGGCAGCAUCACCUGAAGCACUUUAGGCACCUGGAAGUGAAAUGAGCAGCAAAGUGUUUGCAAUAUGUAGUUCUGCAUUUGGGGCCUGGGUGUUGUGUUGAGGAAGGGGGGAGCAGGGAAGGAAGUGUUUUUGCUCUGCAAUUAUCGAACAGCACAGAGGCAGCCGUACUGCAACUUCCUGAUUGGUAUUUGUAAGCCAUAGUGCUUAUAUAUCUUAAGGUGUUAGGAAAUGGCUCUAGUCCAGAUGAGUUAACGCGUAAGGCUGACUACCAAAGUUUCAUCCAGCCUCUUCGGCUCCUAGCUUCACAUAACAGCAAUAUUAUGCAUCAAAAAUGUCACUUUACAGUGAAAUGAGCCUGGAUUGUAUUUUUAAAUCCACAGGUCUCCAUAUUUGAUAACUUUUAUAUGACAUUUUAAACACACUUUUUUCGCAAUAUUGUGGUUGUAGAAAUUCAAUAUUAUGCUUCUUACUGCAACUACAGUUCCAUUUCCUUCUACAUAUGUGAUAGUUUAUAUUUUCAGUCCAAUAGAAGAACCUCACUAAAUCCAUGUCUUGCGUCUGCAAACUUAGUAAUUCGUAAACCAACCAUCAGCAAAUUGCUGGUGACUCCAAGAGCUUUGCUUUUUAAUAAUACACUACAGGGCAUUUACCAGAAAACAUCAUGCACAAUCAUGUUGCAAUAAAUUGAUCAAGGGAUUGAUUUUGAUCAGGUUUGGUUACUUAAUCAUUCCUAAGAUUUUUAAAACUUCAAGGGACCUUUUUGGUAAUUCUGGGUAUUUCUGAGAUUCUUAAUCCAGCACUGAGAGUCAGAAAGAAUUUACCGAACAUGUAGAGCUUUAGAUGCCCUGUCUUGCGUGCAGAGAAUGAAGGAGGAUUAUUAAGGGAUGCAGGCAAGUAGAUGCUUACAAGUUACAGUGCAAAUAGAAAAGAGAAAAAUCUGUAGCUUCUCUUAAUUGAUCAUUAAUUUUUUACAGAGUAUUUAAAUAUGUAGUGGUUUAAGAAAUUGUUUUGGUGCAGGGGCAUAGAUGAUUGUAAAAGAGAUUUGGGAGAGGGGCUGAUCAUGCCUGAACUGGUGGUGAGCCAUUUGUGAGAACAUUAGUAGUGUGCUCCCUUCCUGAGACUGCUUGGGUAUGUGAAAAAGUGGGUAGGAAAGAAUGGCGUUGCUUUGAUGAUAGGAAGUUAGAAUGCAAAGGGUAAUUCUUAAGCAAUCUGAGACCUGUACAUACAUAUACAGCUGCACCAUAUCACUAAUGAACGGUUAUUUUUUCUUCUGGAAAAACAAUGCAUCUUUUAAUAGGAAUGCAAUAAUGCUACCAUUUGAUUAGAGCCUACCCUUAAACAUUAUGUUGAAGCCGUAUUUUGUCUUCAGAAGACAUAGACUAUGGCAUUCUCCUCUUUAGAUGGGCAACAGCAUGAUAGGGUGAAAACUGUCGCCUAGGGCCGUCUUAGGGACCAACUAUGCUCUGUGGCAUAGAAAAAGUAGAGUUGAAAUUAGACUGAAAUCUUUAAGGAAACAUUUCAGCUGGUAAUCAAUGCUUUCAGUGGACAGAUUUUGCCAUUACUAAAUAGGGAGGUGAGAGGUACAGAAUAUGCUGCUUUAGAUGGAGCUUUUAAGCCUACCAAAAAUUGUUAAGUCCAUCCUACUUUUCAGAAGUAUUAUGCUGGAAAGUUCUAUAUUGCUUUGUUAGUUUCUUAGAUGUUAUUUGAGAAAAUAGAGCUAUUUAAACUAUUACCAAAUUGUAAAAGUGAGGUGCAGUAAUUUCUGUAAAGAGAAACUUUGCAGCAUUUGUCAGUACUCCAUCCAGGGUUAGCAACAAACAUUUUAAAUGAAGUAGGGACUGUCUGAUAGAUGUGGAAAUGCUAUGAGUGUUUGAUGGGUUCCCCCUCCCUUUUUAUUCACUGCUAAUAGGUUUUUGCUGUAUCUGUACUGUGAAUAGAGUGCUUCUCGGUCAUCUAGGACCACAUCAGCACAAUCAUGUUUGCUGGUUCUCUCCUCUUAACUGGCCUAGGGCAGAGCCAUGAAAUUCAUGAAAAUUCAAGCCAGCCUAACUUUUAAACAAAUUUACGUUUCUGAAAGCAGUUUCCCCAUUUUAGUUAGAAGAGAUAUUACUCUAAAUAACUAUCCAAGAUUCUUAUCCAGGUUCACUGUGACAUUGUCCUAGUUCUUAGCUAACAUCACUGUAGGGUCAUAGGAGUUAGUAGUGUUCUAUCUACCUUAAUGAAUAGCUAUAUAGGCGUGUGCACAGAGGAUACCUCUCUUAAGGAUGUACUAAAUGGACUUUAGCUAAUGCUGAAAACUCAUUACCAAAUUUUAACUUGCACGUGUCACCUUGUGAAGGGAACAGCAUUAGCAGUGAGAGCUAAAUCAUCAUUAAGUACUUUAAUGCCAUGAAAUAGCAAACACUGGGACUGUUUUCAUUUAUUGAGUAGCACUUAAUAGCAAAGGAGCUACCCAAUAUUCUCAGCAAAAGAAGAGAGAUGACAAUAUAUUAAUCUGCUUUCAUUCUAAGAGGUACCUUUUAUUCUCUCUCAGAACUCUGAUACCAGUUUAAAAUAUGGCAUUGGCAUGAACAGUAAUACUGUACUUAGGCAGAAGGCUCUUUCUAAUGACUUGUUCUCUCUUUACUCAGAACCAUAUUUACCUCUGAACUGAGUUGAAUUUUACUUUAUGUGAGUUGCAAACUACCCCCAAGCUAUCCGUUAUACUAGAGGGUCAAAUCUAAUCUUGAAUGUGUAAAAAUAAAUUCGUUCCUGAAGGAUAAAAAUUGGAAAAGAAGGGAGAUAGUAGUUAAGGGAAGUUUUCUUGUUGUUACUUUUUGGGUUUUUUUUUUCAAUGUUUCCAGUUCCCUCUACAUCAUUGAAACAGGGUUUUCCAAAGAUGGCAUGACAAUAGAAAUAAACCAUUUUCCUACUAACUUCAUAGUUCAAUCAGGCCCUGGUUGGAAGUGGUUUUAUGGAAGAGUGAAAUAGUGAACAUCAUCCUUAAUAGCUGAAUAGUCUUUAGUCAAGAAAUAACUUUUGAAAAGUUUUAGCUGUUACUUAACACUAAUUUUGUUUUAACUGGUAAAAAUGAUAUUUUAUUUGACUGGAAGAUCUAAUUUAAAGAAAUGAAAGCAAUGGGUAAUGGAAAGGAAAUUAAAUUGAACAAAGAUAAAAGUCUUCUAAGUCAUAGUGGAAAGGCAUUUAAUCAGGAAGGAGUUGGAAUCUUAGAAGUUUUUAUUUUUUCAGCUGCAACAGAUGUGGGUUUUUUUUCUCUUCCUCAAAUGUUCUCCUUAUCUGUAUACUUACUAAUUCAGUAUUUUGGUUGCUGAGAUUUAGAGAAGGGACAACUAGCAAUUAAACCAGGUAAAUCCCUUAAUUUGAGAGGAUGCCCCUUAGCAAAGUAUAUCUCUAGGAUUUAGUAAUUAGAUCAAGGUUCAGCAAACCAUAGCCCCCAGGCCAAAUCCUGAGGUCACCUGUACUGUAAAGAAAGUGAUAGUGGAAUAAAUCCACACCAAUUCGUUUUGGUAUUGUUAAUGGCUACUUUCUGCAAUAGUGGCAAAGUUGAGUACUUUGACAGAGACCACAUGGCCUGCAAAGCUUGAAAACAAAAGUUUGCCAAGUCCAGAAUUAGAUUUGAAACAAUUACACCACUGCCUCUCAAUUUGUCACUCUUGCCAUUUUGCCUUUAUAAUAAUAGUUUGGUUGAGGUUUUAAAUUCAUACUGCCGUAUAUGCAUCAGUUUCUUGAAAGAGGUUGCCAUCUUUUUCUAGAUCCUUGUCUCAUUUGUGCUCCUUCUUGAAUCCCAUUGCUUUAAAGCAUUUAGAGUAGGCCUUAUGAUUUGUCCUUGCCUUAAAGCUGCAUUAAAGUUUAGGAUGGUAAUUACAGAUUUAAGAAAGUAAUUUUUUAAAAUAAUUCCCAUGCAUAAUAAUGUAGGGUUAAAUGAAUACCAUGUUUACCUAAAGUGCUGUAAGAAAAGUAAUGUUUUUAUAAGUGUUUUGCCAUUUCUCUAAGUUAACAUAAUGAUGAUGAUGGCAAGAAUGAAGUUAUUCCCACUAGUAUUAAAAUUUAAUUUCUGUUAUGAAUAAGUGGUUUGAUUCUUAUCCAAAGUACUGUUUCUCUAGAUUAGAAACCUCUACCCAUUUCCUUUACUAUAAAUCUUCAUUUCCUCAAGUAAACUCACUCUGUUCCAUGUGGAAUAGUAAAAAGCCAAAAUCUUCCUUUUUUUUUUUUUAAGUCAGUGUUUUAAAACAUAAUGAAACAUCUGAAGAUUUAAAGUUCUUUUUAGACCUACCUUCCAAUUUCUGUUAUAGUUUGUAAUGCUUCUAAAUCUGUAAUGGGCCAUUAUGUAUUUGAUUUGUGAAUGUUCAUUCUUACUGUUCAAAUAGCUUAUUUAUGCCAGAUGUGGAAAAAAUGGAAAAUGUUAGGAUGAUAAUAAACAGAAUUCCUUGCAAGAGGAGAAUAUAAUUGCUCCCCAUUUGGAAACAAUACAUGGACUUCUGAGGUAAAUUUAUCUGGGCAAAGUGUUCUAGGCCAUGCUGAUACAAUACAGUGGAUUUGAUUCUUACUUUGUUGUGAGCUCUACCAAGACAUACGAAGUUUGGAUGAGUGACCUAGCCGCAUAUAUGGCACCUCUUCAGUAGGCAUUUUAUUCUUAAAGUUGCCUUUUUUCUAAGUUGGAUAUUAGUAGGUUUUAUAUGUUACACCCUCCAAGUAAUAGAUAAUCUUCAUCUAGAAGGUUCCAGAAUAUUUGCUUAGGUGACAUCUGCCUUGUCUUAGAGCACUUAUAGUAAUAGUGAGUUCUUGAGAUUUUGGAGUGCUGCUUUUCUGGUUAAUUUGGGAUUCUGAUGAAUCUGGGGUAGAGGACUUGUGAAAGAAAUCGUAUUUAGGUAGCCCAGUGAAUCAUCUGCAUCCACCACCAUUUGAAGUCUUGGUAAUAGAUGUCAUUUAAAUACGAAUCUGUUGAAAACAAUGGAGUUUGCCAAGCAUUAUGACUUCUUUGAUAAUUAUCAGUCUUAUGUUGCUUUGCCUCCUUUGCUUUUUAGUGUCUGUUUUCACUCAUUCUUAAGUGGUGCUUUUCCCAGGGCCAGUCUUUUUACUUUGCAUUAAGUAUGUUUUCUUGCUCAGGACAAGCCAAAGUUGGAUAUUUUGAGUACUUUCAAACCCGACUUAAUUACAUUCCAAAGGAUGUAAUUGUUGAUAGGAACAGUGAUAUCAAAACCUGCAAGAUAUCUGUACAGACUAGCCAGUUUUGUUGUGUAGGCAGACUAUCUUUUCCCUCAAUUGUAAGGAACAGCAAUAACUUAGAAGGCAAAUAUUACCUGAAAUAUACAGUAUAUUCACAGAGUGUGCAUAUAUAAGAUAAAUAAAUAUCUUACAUCUUCUCCAUUAUCUGUAUAAUAAAUACCUCCCAUAGUAACAUAAUUAAGAAAGGUCCAUUAGCUCAAACAGUGGAAGUUUUAAAAACAAAGCUUAGUUACAAAGGCAGAGCAGUUUAGGGAAAAAAAAAACAAGAAAACACUUUUCUAAUGCUUGCUUUUUUCAUGUCUACUCAGUAAGUCCUGUUAAGGAAGCUAGAAUUCACCACCCAGUUAAGAGAGAGAUUUGUUCAGUAUCUCAUAUGACCAACAACACAAUUUAAUAUACUGUGAAUUUUAGAAUCUCAAUCCAUAAUGCGGGAAGUCAAACUAUGUAUCUCAUAGGAAAAUGUUCCCUGUUCUAUGAAAUCACUUAUCUUAAAUGGUAGGUAGCAUACAGGAGAAUCUGUUCCAUUAAGUAAAUUUUUGUUCCAUUAAGUAAUUUUUGGUACCAGAUAAUCUGCUUGGAAUUUGUAUAACAAAAUUGAUUUUAGACAUAGUUUAGAUGUGGCUUCCUAUACUUGAGAGUCCUAAACCCACUUGGUUAGAGGCUGGUGUAUACUUUUAAAAGCCUGCACUUUUCACUACAGAGAUAAAAGAUCAAAAAGAAGGGGACAGAAUUAACCAUACUAAGUGCUUUAGGGACAUAAUUGCAGUAAAUUCUCAAGAUAAUCCUAUGAGGUAGUAAUGGUAGUAACUAAGAAUAGCGGACUUUAAGUGUUUACUAUGAGUUAGGCACAGUUCUAUGUGCCUCACCGUUAACUCAUCUAAUCCUUAUGACAAUCCCAUUAGGGUAGAUACUGUUAUUAUCCUCACUUUAGAGAGAAAGAAAUGGAGACACAGAGAGGUUGACCUAGGCAGUCUUUCACUACACUUGACAUUCUUAGUAGAGUAUGUUGCCUUUAAUAGGUGUAAUUAUACUACAUUUUGUAGAUGAGGAAACUGUUGAGCCCAAGAUUACACAAUGGAUAAACUGCAGAGCCAAUAUUUACCUGAUUCCAAAGCCCAGGCUAUCUCCAGUACAUCGUGUUAACUCUGUUUACUUAUAAAGUUGGAGUGAACUAGAAUAUACAAUAGCCAGUAACAGCACUGCUUUUAGUGAACUUUUAAUUCAGGAAUAAGUGAUUGGAAGAUUUCUUCAUGAGAUAAAGCAGUUGACCUCUGAGCAGAUGUUGAAUGAUGAAUUUUUUCUGGGGAUAUUGCCCACCAAUUUAGAGGAGUCACCCAUUUGGUAGUUCUAAUUGUGAAUGAGUGAUUGAGUUACUACCAAGGCAAAAAUUAAAAGAUAGAUAGCAUUCCAGUUAUCUAUUGCUGUGUAAUGAACUAUCCUAAACCUUAGUGACUUAAAACAGCAACUACUUUAUAUAUCGCAUGAUGUUGUGAAUCAGAAAUUCAGGAAAGGCUUGUCUAGGCAAUUUCUUGCUCCCUGUGGUGACAGCUCAGGUCACCUGGUAGUAUUCAGCAGGUGGUUGGACCGGUCAGGAGUGUCCAAGAUGAUCUCACAUUCCUGACACCUUGGUAGGGAGGGCUAGAAGAAUAGGCCCAGCAGGCCUCCUCUCCCUCUCUGGAGUCUCAGGGACUCUCCAUCUGAUCUCUCCAUCAUAGUAGUCAGAGUUAUGAAAUGGCAGCUCAGGCCUCCAAGAGGCUGGGCAGAGGAUGCCAGUCCUCUUCAAGGCCAGGCCCAGAGCUAUCAUAGAGUCAUCACCAUACACUAUUGGUCAAAGAAGUCACUGGUCAGCCCAGAUUCAAGGGGAGAGGAAAUACCUUACCACUUGAUGGAAGAUGUGUCAAGGAUUUGGGGCCAACUUUAAUCUGUUAUAGGUAGCAUUAGGUUUUUUUGAUUUGUCUUAACUCUUGUGUGUUCAUUUAGGUCAGUUGUUUGUGCCAUAGAAACCAUUUCUUAUAUCUACCAUGGGUCAGUAAAGGAGCUAGAAGGAGAAUGAGACAAAUACCUGGAACAGAUUUCUUUAGCUUCCCACCCCCUGAGUUUCAUUUAUGUUAUAGCAAAAUUUCCAUUUUUUCUUUUGUUCCAAGUUCCAAAUUAUGAGCAUUUGCCGUUUUUUGUUUUUUUUUUCCUGUGAAGCCACAGUAACUGUCUAUGCUAAACCAGAAAUACUCCAGAGGGAAUAAAAAGCUUGCUGUUACAGACCUAGAUUUAUUAGAGAUGUCAGCUGUAUUUAAUUUACAAAUAGGCAAGAACUCCUGUGGUAUGGAAAGUUUAUAUGGCUGCUAUAUCUGUUUCAACAGGAGUUUCUAUUGAGUGGCUAGAUGGAUUAUAUUCUUGAGAUGAUUGCAAGUUUUGCCUACAUAUCCUAUACAUCUUUACUGCCACCAUACCACCUCUGGCACAAAUUUGUGCUAGGAGAAUAGGUUCAUUCCAUUUAUAUUACCUUCCAUAUGGGAAAAUCCGUUGCCCAGUUUUAUAGUUGUGAAUCUUUUAAAAUUAUCAGUUGCUAUCAGCUUCUGUUAUAUAGAAUAACAAAUCAUUGAAUUUGUACAAUUUUUGGUUAGACUUGUCAAAUUUAGGAUGCUUUAUUUAAAUUCCUGCUGGCUUAUAAAUGGACUUUUAUUUCCUUCAGAAGAAAUAAUGCCAGAGAAUGGAUUCUGCUCUAAAAAUGAUCAUCCCCAAAUGAAUACACUUUCUAAGAGAAGAAAGGUUUGGUAUUAUCUAUCCAUUCCAUGUAUAGUGGUUUCCUAGAGAAUUAGUUGUGAGGGCUUCUUGCUGGUCAUCCCCAAUUAUCAUAUAGUGAAGAGAUCUCUGUUUCCCGGUCAGGCCUCAGGAAUUACAAAUACAGGAUAUAAAAGGGGUACUCAGGGCUGAAGACUUAAUUUAGGACUCUAGAAAAUUCUGGGAAGAGAAAAGAAAGACUUCGGCAUUUGUAGUUGAAUAACCAGGGUUGGAAUGUUUGAUUCAUUUAGGCAUCAGGAUUAAUUAGAUUUUAUCAUAUAAUGAUUGGGGCAAAUUUUGAUGAAUAAAAAUAAAAUAGCCUUAACAUUUUCUUUUUUAUCCAUAUUUCCACUCUGCUGUACCUCAAAGUCUGCUUUUUGUGACAGAGAAGGCUUUGAAAAUAUACUCCCAGGGAAUGAAAAAUUGGUUCUAGGUACUUUGGCUAGAACCAUCUUUGCCAUAGUCAACUUUGCUGCAAGCAUUUUCACCUUAUAACUAAUUCGCUGUAAGGCAAUUUUGCCAUAAAAGAUAAAAAAUAAAAAUAAAAAAUAAAAGAGGGACAUUAAAAAGGACAUAAUGCAGCAUGAAAAAUGAAUAACAAAAUUAAAAAAAAACUUUAUUGCAAAAUACAAAAUAUUUGAAUACCUCUAAAAUGUGUGUAGAUUCAUGGCAAUCCUGCACAAAUAACUGAUUUUGUGUGUUGUACCUAAGCACUUGUCUUCCAGGUCUUUCAUUCUUAGUAUUUUAUACUUUUUUUUUUUUUUUUGCUUGUUGAUUCAUCUCCUCAUUCAGCAUUGUUCUUUUUCUUUUUGCUUAAAUUUCUUCCUUCAUUAAGAGAGGUAUCAGUUUCCAAAUACCAGGAUGCAUAUUUGUAGCCAAGCUUUGUAUUGCAUCGUGAAAGCCUCUGCACUGUUGUUUGUUCUUGGCAUUUUGUCAUAUGUCCAUUCAUAGACUUUCCAAAGUUCUGUGGGAAAUGUGGAUUCAACUCUGCACCUUUGAGGCUUUUGGCCUCUUUAUCCUCCAAUGUAGUGUUUCAAAAUAAGAAACCAACUCUUGGGGCAAAUCAUCAUUAUCUGUCAGCUCAAUAAAGGCAUCAGUAAUGUUGCUAACUGGGAGAAAUGCCAGUCGAAACCAAACUAUCAAACCAAAAACUCAUCCAGUUAUUUUAUCUUUUGGGGCAAAAACUGUCUUAUGACCAAUUAGUUAUGCUGUGAAAAUGUUUGCAGCAAAGAUGCUUAUAGUGAAAAUACUGGACACUUGAAAAAUAUUUGAUAAUCUAUGAAGAUGCCACUCAUUCGGUUUCUUACAGCUCUUUGGGCCCUCCUCUAGAUUCUCUGUGACUCUUAAAUUUGAAAUCAUCUGGUGGUUGCAUGAAAACUAAGUAUAGUUGUUUCUUGAACAAUGUGGGAGUUAGGGUGCCGACCUCUGCAAGUGGAAAAUCCCCCUAUAACUUAUAGUUGGCCUCCGUUUCUGUGGUUCCUCUGCAUCCAGGGAUUCAACCAACCACUGAUGGUGUAGUACUGUAGUAUUUACUAUUGAAAAAAACCUGGCUAUAAAUGGAUCCAUGCAGUUCAAACCCAUGUCGGUCAAGGGUCAACUGUACUGUGGUCUCAAAUUGAAAAAGAGAACAAAGUCAGAAGGGAACCUGCAGACUGACAAAAUACUUAUUCUUUCUUUUCAGCAUCACAAGUCUAAACCAUUUAAUAACCACAUCCUGAGAAAUUCCUUAAGGUUUAGAUUUCUGCUUUUAGCAUAUCUUGUGGCAGAUGUUUUGACAUUUUUGAAGGUGAUCUACUGAGUUUCCUAUAAAUAGAAUCCUAACUACAGUGGUUCUUAAAGAACCACUGCAAAAACAGAAUUACAACACAGGGAACAAAGCUUAAAAUGUGUUUCCUCUGGAAGCCAAGAUGCUAAAUCAGGAGUCACUACAUGUGGCUGGAAUCCACCUCUAGAAUGGCUAUCAGCCAGAUAGCAAAGAUAUUUAGAAUUUAUAUGGUAUUUGAUAUUUUUACAAAAAUGAUUUUAAAUCAUGUAACUUGAAGUUUUAAAAAAUGAGCCUGUUUUCUUUUUGGAAAAGUGGGCCAAUAAAAAUAACACUAAUAUAAUUCAAUUGUAUAUGCAUGUGCAUUGAACACAGAGUGGUAUACUAAAGAUAGUUCAUGCAAAUAACUUUUGUGGGAAGUUUGGCUAUUUUCUUAAUACCUUUUUUUCAUAAAUGUAUGUUUAUAAAUAUAUUUACUCAUCCACUAUGACCUUGGUAGCUUUAGAAGCAUUUUGUUAGCUGUAUCAUUGAUUAUAAAAAUCAAAUUCUUGGCAUAGUAGGCUAUGAGAGCUUUUAGUUGCUUUGUUUGUAUUUUGGCUAAGAAAAUUGUUUCUUGCACUUUCUAUUUAUAAAGAUGUUAUAACACUUUGCACCCACUUAGUGCAGCUGUUCUUCAGCGACAUAAGAUGUAGGCGUUAAAGUGAAAUGUAUGUUUAGAAGCCUGGCAAAAGGAGGGAUCUCAAAAGAACAAAUUUGGCUUGCAUCUACCUGAGAAAAGCUGAGGAUAAUAUAAAAUUUAGAUUGAAAGUGUCUGUUGGGCUAGGUGUACAGUUGCUGCAAGUUGCAAUAUCAUUGUGAGUUGCCAGCUAUGUGUAUGUGAUUUUAUGUAUGUAUGUGAGAAAAAGGUGUCUGAUGAAGGCAGAUAAGUCAGUGUAGAAAAUUCUACCUCCCAUUAAAGACUGAGAAUAUUCCAAGAUUGCCCUGUAGCCCCUUAGGCAGGAGGCUGGAUUCCUCAGCCACCAUCCACCCCAUUCUCUUGUACUCACUUCAGCUCCUCUACCUCUGAGCACUUGGCUGAAGAUAGAGUGUAGCUUUCUGUAGCAAGCAAAGGAAAGCCAGACCCAAAAUAUAGAGACUGCAGUAUCUCACUUCUUGUCAUGUUCAGAUGUCAAUGUUUGGUUUCAUUGCCCAAAUCAAACAGAACACUUGGGUUUAGUGCUUUUAUCCACUGGCUUCUAUUUGGCAAGAGUAGCCCGUGGAAGUGGAGUCUUUCUGUUGUUUUUAAAGGUGCACUCAACUCCUUUUAAUGAUGUGAAAAUUUUGUUUGAAUCCUGAGGGUUUGUUUUUUUUUUAAAUUGCCAUUUGCAGUCCAUUUUGGGGGACUGGAAUAUCAACCAUAUUUUCCUGAUAAUGAGCCUUCUGCCAAUAUCUUAACUUGCAGUUUUGCAUGCAGUUUUUUGGAUGACCUGUUUUGCUUUUAGACAUUCCGAAGAGAGAUUUUUCUGGUUUUAAUGCCAAUACUGUUAAAAUAGUCAGGAUGGCCUGUUGUGGGUGUCAGGAAAUUCAGUUUUGGAAGUAAAAUGCCACUAGGCAGGCCACCUAAUCUUUAAAUGCAGUUGUAGCACUCAACUGAUUUGCUGUUUGGGGCACAAGUACACUGAGCCAAGUCAGGAUACCUACCGUGUGAACAUUUGUUACAGCUGAGGAAGGACUACUGGCCUUUUCAGAAAUAUCCCAGAAUGCUUUCCACCUUUUCAUUUCUAAUGCACUGGCUGGUUGUAAUUCCACACAGGGAUUCUCUGAUUAGGAGUGAAAAUGAGAGAGUGAUCCAUUUUCAGAUUUUUAGAGGUUGGCAUCUGUGUUUUAGGUACUAGCUGAUAAGUAUUUACUUUCCUGGUGACUGGGUAGGGCAAGUGACAAUACAGUGUGAAAUUCCAAAUGAGACAAGCAGUACUCAUUGGUGACAACUGAUAUAGUAACGUUCGCCUAAAUACAGUAUGAAUGCUAUAGGGAGAUAGGCAGUAAAAUCAUGUGAAUCUAUUCACCACAGCUAUUUUUUUUCUAACUAUAGAAUCAUUGUCAACCUAUAAGCCAUGCUCCUAAUAUCCUAGACUCAGGAAUUAACUCCUGCUGGCGUAUCUUUUGUUUGUGCGCAGAGUUUUGGCCUAGGCCUGUCCCGAGCUGUUUUGCUACAAACACAUACUUAAGGUGCAGUCUUACUAAGUCAAUAAUAUACUGUCAGCAGUGCAGCCUGUUUUACAGCCACAGUGAUUUAUUGAAAUACAAAACAAACAAAAAAGUGAGAAAUGCCUAGGUAAUUUGUUUGAGGCAUGUUAAAUCUGUUAAUCUGGGAGGAAGCAUAGAGUCUUAUCUUUCUUCUAUCUGGCUUAGGUGAACAGUGACCUUAGUGCUUUCUGUUACAGAGCCAGUUGACCUAGGCAAGUAGUUCUCCAUCUUGGCUGCACAUUAGAAUCACCUGGGGCAUUUAAAAAAGUACUGAUGCCUGGGGCCUCCUCUAGACCUUCACGUUUAAGUGGCCUGCUGUGCAACCUGGGCUUUAAAAGCUCCUCAGAUGAUUUUAAUGGGCAGCCAAGGUUGAGAAUCAUUUUCUAGGUAGUCCUGAAUGGUCUUUGGCAGGAUAACCUCUACCUGGUUCUCUUUUGUCAUAAGAUACCUUUAUUGGUAUCCCAGGCAUGGCUCUGAGUUUAAAACUUAGAGUGGGCCAAGGCUCAAGUGGUAAAAUGGAUCAUUUAUUUGUCCUCGGAGUAAUUCAGUAGAGAGAUGUUGCCAUCCACCCAGUUUCCUCUCUAUACCAAAGUAUGCAUAAGUCAGCAAAACAGAUUUUCAAAGUCUGCUCCCUAGAAUCCUCUUUCCCUUGCAUAUGUGAUUUAAGUGGAGAUUUUUUUUAACUCUGCUAGCUGAAAUGGAGCGCUUGAACUUAUUAAGAGAGCCAAGCCCAAGCCACCUAGGGUGAUUUUUAUUUGUAAAGUAAGCAGGUGGCAUUGUUAAUGAAGAAAAAGGAGGGCCCUUUCUGGGGUGAUGGUGAUAUAUUUGAUUGUUUCUUAGCCUGUCUUCUAAGUGGGAUUUCGAUGUAAAGCGACUUUCACUUUUCCGUGUUUCUUUGUGAAUUAAAUGCACUAGCUAAGGCGUAAAUAUUUCUGAGUUUUACAUGAAAUGUGAAGUGAGUCAUUUCAGCAUAUUUGUUCCAGGAUAUCAAAGACUUAACCCAGUAAUUCCCAAACGAGUUUUCAUAUCUUUCAUUCUCCCACCCAGGUAUAAAGAUACCUGCCCAUGGCAACCUCACACGUGAUAAUGGGGAGGGGAGAACUGUUUGAUUAUCCUUAAAAAAGUGAGAAUCACCAUUCAAACUAAUUAGCUACCAAGUGAUUUCUAAUUCAUGAAAGAAAUUUGUGUUUAAGAGCAAGUUCAAAUAUAGCAGUCUCUCAUCUGAGAGACUGCCGGCACUGUAGAAAUUUUCAUUCAUAUAUUGCCUACAAAUAAUUGAUAAUUUCAAUUUCAAAUAGGUGGUGUGUUUGAGAAGAAAAAGUGGGUGGAAGGAAAAAUUGCUAGUGCAGAGGACUGAAUUAGCAUCAGGCUAUGAAAUUUCAUUAAAAUAACAUUAAGGCCUGGCUGUUUGCUUAGCAUGUAUAUGCUGCAAUGUCAGAGAAAAACGCCUCCUAUGCCUUAGAAGAUUUGUGAAGGCUUCCUUAUAUUGUGUGGAAUAGAAAAGCAAUAGCCUUUGAGACUUGUUUGCAUCCGGAGAGUAGCCCAUUAGGGUUUUCAUACUGAGGAACAUGGUGGAGUACUGUGAAACACUGUUGAACUUUAUGCAGAUCACACCGCACUGGAUUUUAAGAUUUAGGGAAGGAGAGUAGAGGAGGAGAAGGGGGAAGUAAUGGUAAAAAUAUACAGAGAGAAACUUGUACUAUAUUUUACACCAGUAAUGAAAGAAAUUCCCUAUCAGGAAUUCUUUAUCAGGACUGUGAAGCUCUGCCAAGUUCUUCUGUCCUACUGACUGGCUUGCUGAUUCCUCUUAAACCUUUAAGAAAUCCUUUCUGAAAGAGCUAAACAAAAGCUGGUCUGACUGCAGUUUCACCACCCUGUCCCAUCCCCCUAUUCACAACAAAAGAAAAACAUUCCCAAACUAUAGGCAAAAGAAAUGUCUCAGUCCGUUAACUUUUCAUCCUCUAUGGUCUAUGUUCACUGUUUUAGCCUGUUGAAUUAUUUUGUGAUCUAAUGGCAGAACUUAAAUAGAUCUGCCAGAUCAGUCAGGAAUCAAUGGCUUCUCCUUUAAGAAAUCUUAAAAUCAGAACUCUCAAUUUUUGGCACGUCAGCAUAAGUGAGUAAAGGGAGAAGUAGGUUGAAAGAGCACUUAGGGAAUUCCCUGGCGGUCCAGUGGUUAGUGGGUCCUUGGCGCUUCCACUGCCAAAGGCCUGGGUUCAAUCCCUGGUCAGAGAACUAAUAAGAUCCCGCAAAGCCACUUAGAUUUCCCUUAGAUAUCCUGGCUUCUCAUAAUUUCAGGUGGGACCCACUUAUGCUCUGUCUCUGAGAAGAAAAGACAAGACAGAGGGUUCUAAGGUAGAAAAGUCAAUGUAGCCGAAAUAUGGUUUCCUUCAGAUGGAUAUAGUCGGAAAGAAAUCUGUCCACCUGUUCUCAAUGGUGCUUAUAUGGUGGGUGACAGCUGUCUCCCAUCUACCUGUCCCUGGCACUGUGCCUUCCCACUGGUCACUGUGAAAAGCAGAUCACACUGGACUCAGAGGCCAGAAUCCAGGACAAUUUCCCCCUUCUCAUCACUUCUUCAUACAGCUAAUAAUGUAGCAUUUACUUCUCUUUGGAAAAUUCUUGGGUUUGUCCCCCAAGAAAUAGUAAAGCAUUUAUAGGAAAACAGAAAGUAAGAUUCUGGUGGUAGCUAUCAAAUAAAGAGAUUACAGGAAAAUUUUAACUUCCCCUCAGCUGAUAUUUAUUGAUAGCAAGGACCAACUAUGCCUCCUCAUCCUGAGUUUCUAAAGGCUACCAUAAUAUUUCUAAGCAACAAACUUAUCUAACAUUUUUUCACAACUUGUUAAUCAAGGAUUCAUAUUAAAACAGACAAUCAAUUUCUAAAAUGUUGUUAUCCCUGAAAGGGAAUGAGAUAGAGUUUUUAACUAGAAGAACCUACCGGUCUGUUUUUUCCCUUUGAAAAAACUAACAUUUGAGGUUUGUGUCUUUCAUCUGAAGCGAUUACUCCAUUAAUAAAGAUGCCUCAGAAAAGUCGGUGAGCCAGGCUAGCACUCUUGCACCUCUGAGGGUGCUGGACUGGGUUUGUACAUCUUAUUUCCUUAGAGAAUAUCUGUUUUUAUUAUGACCUUAACUAUAAAUACCUAUAUAUAGGAAUAGGAUUUUCUCUCACCCCACCCUCUUUUAAUCAUUAUCACUUAAGUGUAAACCACACCUCCCCCCACCCCACUUUUACUGAAAAAAAUGCACUUUAAUUCCUAAGGAGAGUGGCUGUUCCUUGCCCUGAAGCCAGAUUACUUCAGGAGGAGAGUUGAGGAGGGAGAACUCUUGGUGACCUCGUAAAAUUAACUAAAUUCCGUAAUGUAAACACAGAAAUCAACCAUUUUUAAGCUGCCCCCCACCCCCAGCCAAAGGGAAAAAGAAACAACCAAAUGAAAAAGUUCAAAAUGCCUACCUUGAUUUCGGAAGUUUCACUGGGGAAAAUACCCAAUGUUAAAUUAUUUUCUCAGCUACCAAAUUAUCAGAAACUUGUGGGUGGUUUCGUGGGAGGCUGAGACUUUUUUUUUUAAUAAAAGGCAAGUGAAUCACAGGCUACCAAAUAUCCUGAUUUGUGUCGUUUCUAAGUAUCAGAUUUGUUCUCUCCCUUAAUUUGACAGGCAUUCUGAGUCUCUCCUCCUGUAGAUUCUGUCCUUCCCCUGAUGACAAGCCAAUAGUUCUUGGUGGGGUUGCAUGCCUCCUAGAGCCCCAGGAGCCCUGUUGUGUCGGGGGAGGGGGGAGGGCAGGAGGGUGGGCAGAGACUGGGGUUGGGGGAGGGAGAUUCAGAGAAAGUGAAAAUAUAUGGGUUUAUAUAAACAUAUUUAAAGCAGUUUAGCAAAAGCUUUCUCCUUGAACAGCUUUAAGAACAAUGUGAAUGAAAUCUUAGCAACUUGGUUAGUAAUUUGAAAAGUCUAUUAAUGUAUACUUGAAAUUCUGUUUGUAUAAAAAUACAUUUUCCUCUUUAUUUUAACACUGUGUAAAAGAACAUUAUGCAUGUUGAGUGGUUUAAGAAUUAAAUGAUUUAAUAUUCAGAUUUGAA